UCCUUCUACUGGCUGCAGUCCGCUGUUGUAGCGGUUUGCUCAGAGUUAUACAGUAGAUUACUCCAGGCAGAGCCACAGAAACUUCGGCAGUGUUUAGAUAAAGUUAUAAAGUAUUCAAACAUUUGAUAGUUGGGGAGAUAUAUGACAUACUGUCCUGGAUUAUACGGAAUUGUUCCUGGUCGUGUGGUCUGAAUCAAAGUUCAAAAUGGCAGUCAGCAGUUGAAGAACCUCUCCUAGGCCAGGCAGCCAAACUCUCAAGAGGACUGAAGAGGCAUUUUGGGGAGAAUAGAAGAGUGAAGGGGGGCCCUGCCUUAGGGGGAACGCUGGGAUUAGAGGCUAAUCCAGGACAAAGCCAAUCUCAGUGGAGCAUCUGCAUUUCUCGGUGCUCCUCAAGACCCCAGACUGUCAUCCAGAUUAUUUCAUUUAAUUUAUUGCCUUUUAAAGACUUAGCUGCUUUUUCCCCCUCCUUAAACUCCCAUGUUCUUUGCUACGCCUGCCGAGCGGUCGGCCGGAUUUGCUUAACUCUGAAAACAACGGAUCAGGAGGAGAGCGAGCGCAAGGCCCGAGAGAGAGAGAGAAGCCGCGUGGGUCGGGGGGAGAGACGGGGGGGCGUGCUGCGAGUGUUUACUGUGUGGGAGGAUCAAGUGUCGGCCCUGUGUUCGAGGAGCUCCGCUGAUCAGAGAGCGUCUGCUGUAGUGCUGCACGGCGUGAGGGUGAAAGGUCGGCGGCGGAGGACAGCCAGUAACCACUCCGCACCAGACGUCAGGAGGCCUCGCAGUCCGAGGCUUUUCCUCGAUACCGUUUGACCACUACUGUGGGACACUUAAGACAGUAAGGAGUUUGGCGUCGGUGACACGUUGUACCCCAGCGUGUCCAGAAACAGGCCGAGGAGCAGCUUUUCCGUGUCGUCCAGUAGCUUGCCAUCACCCUGAGGAUCUCUCCCUAGCGCAUGCGGAGCACGUGAGACCUGGUGGCGCGGGAGAGAUGCCAGCAGGUUCUGGAUGAAUGAUGACAUCCAGGAAACCCAGCACAUCAAACCCUGCGGCCGGUGCCGUCACCGAAAUCCGGGGCUCGCUCCCAGCUGUGGCUUAGGAUCCGCGUCUCUCCACGCGCUGGCACCAGGCCUAGCAACCAAACUUAGAAAAGGGAGCAACGUCGGGGGAAAUCAAAGGCUGGACAGAGCAGGGGUGGCUAGUGGCAAAUUAGAGGGCUUUCUCAGAAUCAGAUCUGACGCAAUCCCACAGAGGCUGCCCCAUAACGGGUCAUUAAUGAAGUCAGGCUUGUCAGCCAGUCAUGGUAGAAAGCUUUUAAAAGCGACAACAGCUCACAAAUGUGUGCGACUUUGUCAAAAUAUUUAAGGAACAAUAUCCAUCACUCCGCAGCCUUGCAAUAACAAAUAGAGAGUACAGUGUAGUCUCAGUUGGCAAUGUUAAAUUAACAAGUUAUCUUUAGCAAUAAAAGGGGACAUGUCUUAGUGCAUUUCUUAUCUUGUAACAGCAAAUGUCACUGGCAGUUUAAGUAUAAACGGGUACGUCCUCUGAGAGGGCUUGCAAGUGUUUGAAAACAUUGAACUGUUAGUUUAACUUAGUGGGAUUUAGCCCAUGAGGAGCACUUUGUUUUGUUUUAUAAUAAAAUAUAGAGUGGGAUUUUUUUUUCCUGAGGAAGGAACUGUACCCAUUUUUGGGAGUGUUCUUAAUUAUGAACUAAUCCAGGAAAGGGAAGCACUGGAGUUCCUUUGUAGUUCCUUUUGUCAGGCAAACUAGGCUGGAAAGUUUGUCUGUUGGCUAUUUUUGAGGUCACUGACAGACGAGUCGGAGGAAUUUAAUUACAAACAUUUUUAGAGGAAAAAGGACUUUAGCCCUGGAGAACUGGGUUGUGUUGCCUUCUAGCAAAUCAAUCAAUAUGAGCAAACACUGAAGCUCACUGCCAACAGCAGAACAAGAGUGCUCGUUUUAUUGUGUACUCUAAAUGAGUGAGCGGAGCUGAAGUUUAGCCGUCUUUGUAAAGAGGACCUAAAUGGUUGCAGGCAUUGACUGCAGGACUAUCUCCAUCUGGAGCAACAUUUAUUUCGAAACUGAUGUUUUAUAAACCAGAAACCCAGAGCAACUUUGGAGCCCGGCAGCCCUGACCACAUACCCACUGUAGGUUUCCAGCAACCGGGGACAUGCAUAUUUUCAACUCCCAUUUCUCUUGACAGAGGCCUUCUGGAUAUGGACAAGUACCGGUGCCAGGAAUGGUACUCUGGCUUUAUGAAUAGCAUAGAAAAAAGCAUCAGUAGGAGCUACAACUACAACUGAAACAGCACUGUUAGAUCACUGAGUGGAUUGACUGAGGUGAACGAGGGAAACAGUUCUGCCAUAUUCAGGUUUCCUCCUUUGGAGCGACUGCAUAGGAGAGACCCACUGAGGAAUACAGAGGUUUUGGACUGCUGCUUUUGUCAGUGUUUGAGGGAUUUGUUCACUGAAAGGAUCCAAUUUUUUCAGACCUUUCGCAACAGAUUUUGUUUGUUUUUGUUUGUAAAGCCGGCUGUGGUCACCAGCAGCAUGAACCUGGGCAAGCUCUCUGGCCUGAAGGGGUUGGUGUCCAACUCCGGUGGCAAGCGCAAGUUCAAGGGCGAGUUGACGGCGGACAUGAUCAGCCCGCCGCUCGGCGACUUCCGACACACCAUGCACGUCGGGCGCGGCGGGGACGUCUUCGGCGACACAUCGUUCCUCAGCAACCACGGCGGUUCGGGGUCCAACGGCGGCGACGGAGGAGGAGGAGGCAGCGGCGAGGCCGCCGGCAGCGCUCCGAACACCGCGCCCUCCACGCCCGGCAAAACCGAGGGCUUCUUCACGCGCACGCUGCGCCACGUCCGCAAGACGCCCGACCCCCGGUCCCCGGGGAGCGCCAACAAGGAGCCGUCCCAGCCGCCGCCGGUCGUCUCGCCCAUCAUCAAGAACGCCAUCUCCCUGCCCAGGCUGGACGUGGACUCGCCCAAUGGCUGUCCAGUCAAGGUGCUGUUCCCCAGCUCGCCCAAGUCACCUGAGGACUCCAGCUACUCCUAUGGUGUGGAGUCCGGCUUCGUCACUCUGCCUCGCCUGUCCCGCUCGGAGCGGCAGCAGCAGGGCGCCUCCUCCACCUGCUCCCCGGACGCCUCGCGGGGCUCGCUGACCGACCUGCCCGUCCUGGCGCCGCUCUCCGUCCCGGUCACCAGCUCCAGCUACGACCCCGACUCCCUCUCCUUCUCCGGCUCGCUCACCUCCUUCACCCUGGACCUGGGCCCCUCCCUCAUGAGCGAGGUCUUCAGUCUGAUUGACAUCCCCCGCAGCCAACGGCAGCUCACCGACACGGUUCCCGGUGACAUCGACGUGGAGGAUGAGGAGGAGGAGGAGCCCGACACGACCUACGACUACCCGACCUCGGUGGCCGCCAACAGCCACCCCCACCCCAACAGCCGACCGGAGGUGGACUCGGCCACGGUGUCUCUGGUGGACUCCCUCCUGCGGGAGGACUACAGCGGGAGCAAGGCCCUGUACGGCCUGGACUGGGGCGAGGACGAGUCCCUCCGGGGGUCCACCACCGCAGACAGGCCCCUGAUGGGGGCCGGGAGCAGCGGCCGCGGGAGCAUCACCAGCAGCGGCAGCAGCAGCGGCCGGCACCACGCCGCCCAGGCCAUGGACGCCGAGCAUUUCCAGAGGGCCACUGAUGUGCUGGCACGUCACUACGGCAGCGGCGGGUCAGGGUCAGGGUCGUCCGGGUCAGGGUUCCACCAAGGCAGCACCCUCACAGACUCGACCAGGUCAAGCCAGAGGAGGGUGCCGUACCUCUACCCAGACGAGGAGGAGGAGAUCAAAGUCUAGUGUCCAGAGGGGGGUUAAACUAGAGAUGGACACUAGCAAAUUGCAACCAGUUGAGAGUUUUGGAACAUAGCCUAUUUUCUAUCAACACGUUCCUUCUUUUUUUAUCUAAUUGAAUUUUGAAUCAAUCGUGAUCUGACGAUAAGGAAAGUAAUUGGACUACACAUUGCCUCCUACUAUUCCUCAUUACAAGUAAUGAAAGGGUAUGAAACAUUCCUCUUUGCUGAAGAGAUGGAGCUGAAGCUUUAGCCAUCAUAUACUGGAGUCAGAAAAGAUGUCCACUUUUGAUAACUUUAUUCUGUAGACGUUGCAGUACAGUGAACGGGAAAUGAGUGGUUAUGGAGUCACUUAUCAGGUAUAUCUUUUGAGUCAUCAGUCUGACCUGGUGGACAUUUUAUACACACAAUACUCUCAGGCUAGUCGUGGUGGGAGGGUUUGAUACUCUGUCCCAAAAUACUCUACAACUGUGUCCACAUUUGUAUUGAAUGUACACUUUUUGUAUUUUAAAUGCACAAGUGGUUAACACUAUCGUAUAUGACCCUAUUGCAAGAGAUACUGCCUCACUCUUUUUAUCGCUUGAUGUUCAAAUAAGAGACUAGAUUGAAAUGAUUAUGUAUCUACAGCAUUUUCCGGGAGAGAUAUAAAUAGCCAUACUGUAUGUCUUCUCUGCCUCUCACUGUAAUCAUGGAUUUGAUCUGACUGACUCACUGGUUGAUGAACCAUCCGUGGUCAAACUCUUCAGUGACUCACCCAGACAGUGGACACUUCAGGAUUCUGAAGAUGCUUUGACUGAUUCACUCAGAGACUUGACUUGAAUGUGAGGCAACGUGUUUGUUUGUUUGUUUGUUUUUAUAUUAUGUUUGUUAGCAAGUAAUGAAAAUGCACAUGUACACAAAUAUGCAACAUUUCACCAGAGCUAUUGUUUAAAAGUACAAUAAAGUUCCUUAAAGUAUA